AUGGCCUUAAGAUGGUAUAGAAAUAGCGAAAAAGAGCUUUUCUGCUCUAUCAUGCUUAAAAUAAAUAAAAAUUUUGGUUUUGAACUCAAGAAACUUGAAGAUGAUUUACGAUCAACCGUUAAAAAAGUUAAACAGAACUGUAAUCGAUGUAUCCGUAUAAGGCUAAGCUUGUAUUUAAUGACGGUGACGGGUUUCAAGUAUUUCGUAGUCAAGCUGUCCUGGAACGAGAAAAUGCUGCACAAUAACAAAAUGCACUAUAUAUAUCGAAGUAACAAUCUUGAUAAUGAUAAUCGCGAAAAAUAA